UUUUGUCAUCAACUUCGUUCGUUUUCAAAUUGCCAUCUGUAACGAAACAAGUGAUUAAUCGAUAUACAACAUGUGGCUCCGUGCCGUUUGCAUUCCAGUUAUCUGGAUAUUACUUUGCUUCCAACAGGCGACGUCCUCAGAACCGAUCAACUCAGCAAUCAUUACAUCAUCACCAAAUCUUGACACGGACUUCUACACUGGCCUGCCUGCUCUUCACCGUUUCCGUCGUGCUCCAAAUGACAAGCUCUCCGAUGUCCUGGAAAACAUGCAACCCUCGCUCGACUGGUCAAUGGAAUUUCCUUAGAAAUUGGACUUAUCGAUGGAUCCAUACCGUCUGAUGAUGCAAUCGCGGAACUUCUCCAUCUUGGACCUGUCAAGCUGCAAGAGUUGAUUUCAAUGGAUCCCGCAGCCAUCAAAACCGGCUUGAAAGAACUAGAAGAUCGGUCAACUGCAUUCCAGUAUACUUCGCCGUUGGUCACUGCAAUUCAAAAUCGGUUGGUUGUUCUUGAAAAGGUUAGGCAGGGCUGUUCUAUUAUGAGGAACUACUCUACAUUACCUGGAAAAGAUGAGUAUAAAACGGAACUUGACAUCCUUUCGAAGUUACGUUUGUCGAUUGACGGUGAACUCAUUUUAUCUACUGGCAGAGUAAUACCUUUGUUAAAUAAGAUUAGCAAUUGGCAAGAUGGAAAACCUGUGGAAGACGUUUCUAAUUACUUUCAAGCAAUUGUCAGCGAUCUAAAAAUACUAGAAGAUAAGGAUUUGAGUUUUUCCAAUAUUGUUGAUACUAUUAACAAAUUGAAAAAUUCAUUUGAAAAUGCAAACUCAUUCGUGGAACUUUUACUUGCUGAGAAAACUUUUCGAGAUAUGCUUGUCGCCAAAGUAAGCUACGAGGAUGAAUUGAUGAACGCACUGAAAGAGCAGUUCCAAAAUGUUCACCAGUCGAUUCAAAGUUCACAAUCUCUUCUACCAGUCUUAAAAGCUUUGCGAAAAGUUAUCGGUAGUCAUGUAAAUGGCCUGGAGCUGUCUUACAAGUACAUUGCCGGACUUCCAUCGGGAAAACUUGAUUUGGAAGAGUUAAUUCAAGCUGUAUACCACAAUUGGAUCAAGAAUCGAAUUAUUAAUCAUUCUGUGAUCGCAAGUGAUCUCGUAAAAGGUUUUGGAUUGUUGAAUCCUCUGAAGGUACUCCUUGCUCCAGUUGAAUCCAAAUGGCAGUCUAUGAAAGAUGAGAACAAUCAACAUUCAAUGGAGGAAAUAUCGAAGAUCCAAGAAGAGAUAACAACGUUGCCAGAUGUGUCUUCGAUCAUCAAUACAACUGACAGUUUUGCAAAUUGCGGUUCUGAUUUUCAUGAUCCAAAGUAUAACAUUUCCGAAAUAAGCGAAGUAGUGGAGCUUAUGAAUCAACUUAAUCUCAAAGUUAGACAAUUGAGCAGAUUUGAAUACUUGAAUGAACUCAAAAACCUAACAGUUUUGAAAGACAUUCUAGUCAAUCCGCCUACGACAGAUGAAGGGAAAAUUGUUGUGAUUAAAAAUAUGAAAAGUGAGCCAAAAUUCGAAAAAGUUCUGGAAAUCUUGGUAAAUUUCAAAAAGGAUUUGGAUGCUCUUCAAUCAGCAGUUGGUGAAAUGCCGAAGCUUGCCGACGAAGUCAACGGAAAAUUCAAAAAUAUUGGUAGUUACCACAACGAAGUCAAUGCUCCUCAUUUUUUGAAAUUUUAUGAUUGUUUGAAUGACCUAGCAGAUGAUGGUAUGCCCAUGAUUCAGAUGAUAUCAGUCAUUCAAAGCAUUCGGAGUCUUUCCAAUCCUUCUGAAAAUGCUAUUGUAAAUAGUGUGAUCAGUUCCCAACCAAGUCUGAAGAGUUUGCAAGUUUCUGGCACAGGAUUCAAGAAUGUCACAAGUCCAGAAGCAUUAGCUCUCAAUGGUUCACUUCCAGACUCACAGAUUUCUGCAUUUAACUUGGGAAUGGCAGUUCAAGGACUGUCACAAAUCAAGAAAGUUCAAGAUAAUCGAGUCAAGUUGGAAACAAUUAAGGAGCAACACGCUGAAAUCAUCGAAACUUCAAAAUCUAACACAACACUGACACUGAGUCUUUCGAGACUGAAAGAUCUUUCAGAAUCUCUUUCUACGACACUCUCGGGGAUAACUACAUUUGUCAAGACAAUCAACGGAUUCCAGGGAUUGAAGAGGAAAAGAAGUACACUAGAUUUCGAGAGCAAUGGAAAGAUUUUUGAUAAAGCUUCGAGCAUAAAAGGUUUCACUGGAUUUGAUUUUCUUGCAAUUAUGGAUGCAGUCAAAGCAGUGGAUGGCACAAAGUAUUCAUCAGUCAUCGAUGCUCUCGAGAAACUUUCCACGAUGGAUUUAGACUUCCAGAAAUACAAAUUCAAAGAGGCACCUGCUACCUUGAAGGCCAUGGAUCUAUUCUUUGCUUCCUAUGCUUCGAAUCUUGCGGCUCUCCGUCCACAACCUACUACUUCUGACCCAACUGCAGCUGCUCCUGUGCCGAUACCCAACAACAAAGGAUCCUUGAAUGGAAACCCGUCACCUUCGAGCCCUCCAUUGCUUCCACCUGUGGCAUCGAGUACACCUGCAGCUACUCCAGAAGAGUCAAAUAUGCUAUUGUAUAUCAUUGGUGCAGUUGGUGGUCUCCUAGUUGUUGCAAUAAUCGGUGUGAUUCUAUUCUUCGUGUUUUUCCAAAAGAAGAAGAAGAAGGAAGAUAAACCUGAUGAUCCUCCUGCUCCACUUCCGGUCCUUCCUCCUGUUGUUCCGGCUCCUGCUCCUGUUGUUCCGGCUCCUGCUCCAGUUGUCAAGGAGCUUAGUGUCGAUGAAACUCAGGCUGAUCAUCCAUCACUUCAAAGUUUCCAACUGCAAGAUACCCAAAUGAUGCCCGAGGAGAGUCUUGCUCUCUCGGAUGUUGUGGUUCAAGGUAUUCGUGUGGCAGCGGCGAAGCUAUGUACGAAGAGCCCCCAAGAAUGGGCUGAAGGUAUAUACGAUACCAUAUGGAAGUUGGACGUAAUGGUUAGCACGAACACUCAAGCGAACAUUUCUCAGAGACGGCACACACUGUUCCUUUGUGAACCUAAGACUAUGGCAAAACUGGUAGGAUUUCCCGAUCCUUUCAUCAAUGCGAAUGUAAUGAAGUUUGGAGAGAUCUCGUGGAUUAUGGCUCAAGGACCUAUGGAUGGUACAGAACAUCUUGAGAAGAUAUCGAAGGUGCCGCCAAAACCCAAAAAGAGCACACUGGAGAAGCACUGGGCUGUAAUUGAUCAGUAUGAUGUGGGAAUUGUGGCUCAGUUGGCAUCUGUGAUCGAAUCGGACGAUAGGAAAUUUGCACCAUACUACUCGGAAAAAGUUGGCGAGAAAAUGACGUUUGGAAGGUACACGGUCACGACAAAGUCUAUCAAUACUAAAUUGGAAAAUUUCACCGACAAGAAGAGUUUUGUAAUGUACAACCUUGAAUACAAGAACGAUCAAUGGCAGGACAAGAAAUUGAAAAAGACUGUCAGUGUUCUUCAUUUCACUGCCUGGCCAGAUCACGGAGCUCCGAAAAAUCCUGACUAUGCACUGGACAUCAUCAGAUUCUGCGAAAGUUACAAGACAAGUGUUCUGGUGCACUGCUCGGCAGGAGUCGGACGUACUGGAACUCUCGUGGCUAUCAAGUAUGGAAUUCAACUGUGUACUACUGAACGUACCACCAACUUGCUUAGCAUUGUGUGCCCUGUCCGUAACUGUCGUUUUGGAGCCGUUCAAAGUGCACAGCAACUCAUGUAUUUGAUCGUGUGCAUCACGAAAGGAGUCAUGGCAAAGGAAGGAGUGUUGUAUUGGCGAAGCUUUGAUGCUAUCACCUAUUACCACGAACAAAUACUUGCUGAUAAAUAUCACGAUAAUAAUGACGGACCUACAGCGGAAAGAGCUGCAAACAUGAAUGACACAACAGUUAUUAUGGAAGAUUAUUGUGAUAAGAAGUUGGAAGAGUUUAAGAAGGCACAUCCGAACUACGAAGUCAGGAAAUACGAACGGGCCCAGAAGAAGGUCGAGGAGAAACCGAAAAGUCAAUAAGAGAAGGAAAAGUGAACUGUCUAUUGUAAAUGAAAAACUUUAUUUUGUGCUUUAUGUUUUAAGUUCAAAUUUAGAGGCCUUUUGAAGGAGGGAGCAACCGAGCUUUUGACUUGUGAUUUUUUUGACAUUUUUGAGGGAAUUUUCCGGGCGAGAGAGGGGCAUGAUAGUUUCUCAAUGUGCACCAAAUGAAUUUCAAACUUU